GAAACGCAAGUGCGAGUCCCGCAGGUCUGAUGCUCACUCCAGUCUAUAGGCCCAACAUGACUCAUGUAUAUUACUCUCCCUCAGCCGGGGUGGCACUUUCUAGAAUUCAAAUCCCACUGCAAAAGAGUGAGAGCGAUCCGACCCGAACGUCGAUCUCCUUUAGCACUUCUUUCCGCUUCACCAUCGAACCUUCUGAUCCAAAUUAUCGGGGCGACGGGAUGGCAUUUGUGAUGCUCAGUGAGGGUCUUCAAGGCAGUUAUGGAGGUGCUUUCGGUGUCUUCGAUGGACACGGACAUCGGAUCGCCAGGACACUGGCAAUCGAGUUUGACACGUUUGAAAAUUCGGCUUUCGGGGACAAAAACAACAAUCAUGUGGGAGUGGACAUACAAGAUAUCAAUUCAACAAUAGCAAGAAGCGCCUGGGAGGUCAGUAUAGAUCUUGCCGGAAGUUAUAGCAUAUACUCGUGGAUAGAUUACAACUCAUCGGCUCAAAAGCUAGAGGUGAGAAUCAGCAGUGACUACGCUAAGCCGUCUCUACCUUUUAUCGUCUUCGCACUAAAUCUGUUCGACGUCUUCCAUCCAGACGAGCUAGUGUACGUCGGGUUUUCAGCAGCCAACGGAGUCUGUGUAUGUUUCAAUUUCUACACAGUACAUGACUGGACUUUUUCAUAUGUUUCUGAACCUGACGCUAUAAUUCAAGUAUCGCCUCCCAUUCUUCCAGCCCCAACUCCGGAACCAGGAGGCGAGUUCAAAGUACUGGUUGCUUUGAUCGCUGGAGUCUCACUGGGUGUCGUGUUGUUAUUCUCAAUCCUGGUCAUCGUUGGACUGGUUAUUCGGCAGAAGAAAUCGAAUCGUCCUGAAGUUGGACUGGUCCUUCGACAGAAGAAAGCGAAUCGUCCUGAAGAGUUUAGCUUCGAACAUCUCUGCAUAGCCACCGAUCAAUUCAGGGAGGAAGCCAAGCUCGGUCAAGGAGCAUUCGGUGCUGUUUACCGCGGACAAUUGCCCGAUACGGGACAGCUCGUGGCCGUGAAGAGAUUGAAUUCGGUCUCAAAUGAGGGUCUCAAGGGGUUUAUGGCCGAGGUGUCGAUUAUCAGCCAGAUCCGCCACCGGAACAUCGUCAAGCUGCUGGGAUGGUGUAACGACCGGGGAAACCUCCUGUUGGUGUACGAGCUCAUGCCCAACGGAAGCUUGGACAAGGCUCUUUUCCACCCGGCGAAUCCAGAAUCAGUUUUGCCGUGGAAGCUCAGGUUCAAAAUCAUCUCCGGUUCUGCAGACGCUCUAUAUUACCUGCACGAGGGCUGGCGGCAGCAGGUGAUUCAUCGGGACUUCAAGUCCAGCAAUAUCAUGCUGGAUCAGGACUUCAACGCCAUGUUGGGGGACUUUGGAUUGGCUCGGAUGGCGGAUCAUUCUCAGUCUCCUGCCACCACUCAGACUGCCGGGACCUUCGGUUACAUAGCCCCUGAGGUAGCAGGCUCGGGGAAAUUCACCGACAAGGCGGAUGUUUACGCCUUCGGGGCCGUGGCUUUGGUUAUCGCUUGUGGAAGACCAGCCUUCCUUUUUAAGGCGCCGGUCGAGCAGAUUUUCCUUGUCGAUUGGGUCUGGGAGAAGCUGGAUCAGGAGAGCCUGUUUGAUGUCGUAGAUCCGAGACUGGGCGAGGAGUUCGAUGCAAAAGAGAUGAAAUUGCUUCUUCUCUUGGGCCUCUUGUGCUCUCACCCGAACGCCGGCAGUCGGCCGACGAUGAGAGAGGUGGUCGAGAUCUUGGGGGGUAGGGUGGCACUGCCUCUGGUUCCUUCGUCGAAACCGCAACCUCAUUACUUGUCUUCUGUUGCUACGGAUCAACACCAGAGUAUAUGAUGUCCUGAUGUCCACAGCACGAGUCCAGGUUCAUGAGUAAGCCCUUUAGGAGAUCCUGUAAACGCAAUGCUGAAGUGAAA